CUAGCCGGUUCAAGUCAGUUGAAGUUAGUUAUAAAACGACGCCCUUUGUGGUUGUAUGUACUGAGAGUGCAUUGCUGUAAAUUUACGUUUGCUAAAUCGCAGUGUUCAGUGUUUAAUACAUUGUUCUUCCCAUUUUCAUAAUGUCUAAAGGGUGCAUUGCGGUGGCACCCAUAGGUGACAACAUCGCUACUCUGAACUCUUUCAACGACUUCUGCAGGGCUUGCGAAGGGAUCAAAAACUCCCCGGAUAUAGUUGGUAAAACAACAAUUUUGCAUGAGUAUAUGCAGAGCGUUAAGAGCAAAGCCAAAUUAUGUAACCGGGAUGUAGAUAAAUCGCUGUUUCCCAUAAUCAGGCUGUUGUUGCCUCAAUAUGAGAGACAUCGCAAUCCCUAUCAAUUACAAGAAAGUACAUUCAUAAAAGUACUGAUCAACAAGUUGUCUUUGACUGCUGAAGAAGCAACGCUAUUGAAGAAAUAUAAAGAUAUUCAUACAGCCAGAAAGGCGGGCGACUUUGCAGAUGUCGCAUCUGAGAUGCUGAGCAAGCGUUUUUUCGAUAAAGGCUCUAUGAGUAUAUAUGAACUUAACAGUUAUUUGGAUAACAUAUCGUUCUAUUCGACUAAUAAAAGUAUUCAAGAAGAUACUAUUUUGAGUGUAAUAUCAGCAACUACGCCAUUAGAGCAAAAAUGGUUUAUAAGGAUCAUCUUCAAAGAUCUUAAAUUGGGGUUGGGGUAUAACAAAAUCUUAACUAGCCUUCAUUGGACUGCACCAAAACUAUUUAACCGUUUAAGUAGUUUGGAAAAAAUAUGCACCAUAUUGUCUGCUGAGAACCCAAUAGAAGGUGAUAUUGCAGUUCAAUUAUUUUCAUGCGUUCGCCCUAUGCUAUCAAAGCGAUGCUGCAAAGAUAUUUUUUCGAAGCUGUUUGGAAGAGAACACGUAUACUUCAUGGAAACAAAAUAUGACGGCGAAAGAUUCCAGAUACAUUAUAAUCAUAAUGUUGUAAAGUUGUUUUCCCGAAACGGCUUUGAUUUUACGAGCAAAUUUCAAGAGUUGGUUGAUGUUCUGCCAUCACUUAUAAAGUCGAAUGCCAGGAAUUUCAUCAUAGACGGAGAAAUGAUGCUUUGGAAUAAGGCCGAAAAAAAAUUCGCGUCUAAAGGUUAUCGUGUCGAUGUUAAAAACUUAAAACCUGAAGAUGAAUAUCAAGCAUGUUUCGUCAGCUUUGAUUUGAUCUUUUGGAAUGGAUAUCCAGCGAUUGAUAAGCCUCUUUUCGAAAGAAAAAUCUUUCUGGAAAAUAUGAUUGAAAAUAAGGAAGGUGUUUAUCUUUACUGUGAUUACAGUGUAGCAAAGAAGAAGGCUCAUGUCAUUAAUUUUAUGAAUGAGGCAAUGAACAAUGCUCAGGAAGGCAUUGUAAUGAAACGACAUGAUUCCAAGUAUUUGCCCAACGAGAGAACGGGAUGGUACAAGCUAAAACCAGACUACUUUGACGGACUCGUAACUGAUCUGGAUUUAGUUGUAAUGGGUGGCAAUUAUAGCGAUUUGCGCUCUGAAGCAUAUUGCAGUAUGCAAGUUGUGCAUUUUGUUUGCGGUGUUUUCAAUGACGAGAGCAGGAAAGUUACAGCGUUCUGCAGAAUAUCAGCUGGUUUGUCUCAGAAAGAUUUGGAAUUGAUUAACGAAAAGUUGGGACCAUAUUUUAACGAUGACUUCGAGGAUCCCGAAUUCAGACAUUCCAAUUUAGAGUUCGGUAUAGUGAGGCCGGACGUUUGGAUUGAUCCUCGCGUAUCCUGCGUUUUUGUUGCGAGAGGUACCGAAUUGACUUUAGUCAAAGCUGGUCACCCCCAUUGCAAAACUGAUUAUACUCUACGUUUUCCAAGAGUCAUGAGUAUAAGGUUUGAUAAAAUCUAUACCAGUUGCUUAACUGUAUUCGAUCUGAUGUGUAUGACUGACUCAUGCUUGCCUGUUAUUAAGACAACAAAGCAACAAUUAUAUUUGGAAGAUAUAAAUCAGCCAUUUAAGAAGAACACACGUCUUCAAACACAGAUCUACUCCGAGAUAUUGCAAGGCUUGGAGUUCUUGAUUUAUAAUGGCGGCGUGGAUAAAUAUCGCCUUGAUAUGGAGCAUUUAAUAGUGCAGCACAGCGGUCGUGUUGUUGAAGUUGAAGGACCAACGACAUUUUGUAUCAUUGUAGGAGAUCCAUUAAAUUGGAAGAAGUAUGAAAAUGACAGUGAAACUGAUGUGGUUAAAAUGGAAUGGUUGCUGAGGAUUGUAGCUUUGGGCAGAUAUGCCCCAUUUGAUCCGGAAGAAAUCUUAUAUGCAUCGCCAAUAACAAGACGUUCAUACAAGUGUUUUUACGAUGAAACUGGGGACUCUUUCACUGAGCCGGUGAAGAUUAAGUCACUAGAAACCUUUAUCUUAAGGUCUGAUCAUAUGCGUCUUAACGCUAUGGAAAUUGCGCAACUGAGAGCGGAAAUCAAUCCGCCAGUUAGAACUGACAAGUAUACUGGGAUCAUAGCUUACUUUGACAAGUAUGCUGUUUUCAAUGUGCCAGAGUCCAAUGUCUCUGCCUUCUAUACAGCCAUGGAGGCAGAUUUCUUAUUCCAUGGUGGCCGUAUCUGCAAACUAACGGAACACACCAAGUAUAUCAUCGCUGAUACUCAAGAUGAUAGCCGCGUAAGAGCCAUUGAUUAUUUCCUGUCCGACAACAGAAAUGAGACAGCUCUAAUGUUUCACACUCACGAUGAACUUCUUAAACACAUUCGUGAGGAAACUGCCAAAGCCAGAGCCAAAGUUUUAACCGAAUAAACUUUUGCUAAUAACUAAAGCAAAGUUUGAAUAUGCGUACAUAUUCUCAUUUUCAAUGUUUUUAUUUGCUUUCUUAUUAUUCAUAUGAAACGUAGAUCAUAUUUGACUCAGCUCGCAUAAUCAUAUUAUGACAUUUGGCCAAAAAGAACCGAAUCAGUAUUUCCAAGAUUAACUGAUCUUUCGGUACAGAAAAAAGUAUACAAUUUCAUUUGUAAUGUUAUUAUUGCUAAAAGCAUCAACAUUCUUUGAAAUGUC